AUGUUCGAAACAGCUCUUAUCUUGUUGUACUUAACAACAGUGGUAAAAACUAAGGAAGAGGGCGUUUACUUUAAAGUCAGGGAAAAUCAUUUCCUAGUUGAUGAAAAAACUGUUUGGGAUCAAAAGGUUGACUCUUUGCUUUCGUGCUCACAAAUUUGCGGGAGAAGAUAUGACUGCAAAUACGUUAACUUUAAAAAAGACCAAGGAAUAUGUUCAAUAAGCGACAGACAGUCUUCUGGAAAGGUCGUUCAACGAAAAGGGUAUUUUUAUUUGAAGAAGGUAGGUUAUUUGAGCGUUAUUUUUGACAGCUGUGAUUCGCAGUUUUUUGAGGAGGAAAUGGAUUUAGAGGAUGAUUACAAAAACGUAUUUACGUUUGGUGCGGAGGCCAAUAAAACAGAAUUACACUAGAGAUGGCGGAUUAUCCGUCUGACAGACGGAAAAAAUUAGACGAAUUAUUCGUCUAAAAUGGAAAGCGUCACUUUUUUACAUUAAGACGUAUUCAGCCUUCUAACUCGGGCUAUCUGACAGAAAAUCCGUCUCUAUGGCGUUAAAAUUGUUAAAUGAAUUCGGAUAUUCAAUAAAAUAUAUAAAAUGCCUGAUCCAUUAUGAUUUUCUAUAAGAUAUAUGACAUUUUAUCUGAAAGCGUAGAUCCCAUCUCAGGUUUUCAGACAAAUUUUAUUGCUUGCGGGGUUGUAGAGCUCCAAAACUAAUUCCGACCUUAAGGCAGUCGUAGGUUUGUAUUUCAUCUAAAGAUGUAUUUAAAAGACUGUUAAGGUAACUGAAUUUUCAAGAAGAUAAUUGACAUAAAAAAUAAUAGUCAUGCUGCUAACAUAGUUCUAUUUCUAUAGGUUGAAUUAUCGGAGAGACCAAAACCAUUAGGUAAGUUUGUCAUCAUCAUAAUCGUCAUUAUGAUUAUGAUUAUUAUGAUUAUUAUGAUUAUUAUUAUUUGGCCCUUAUCAUUUCGCUCCCUUUUUAACCACUAGUGUUUCUAUUGAACACUGAUUUUUAAUUUGCGUCUGUAUACAACCUUGUUUUCACAUCGUCAAAGGUCGUUUAGAAAUGGCUAAUUACUUCAAUUGAUUAUCAAGCGAUUCCUUCUGCAGGCACUACUCGGCAGGUAGCAGUUUCCUCGUGCCAGAUCCUCCGCAGUCAAUCUCCAAUUCCCACGUCGGGGAUUUACUGGAUUAAUCCCAAAGGAGAGUCCCAGGCUAACGCGUUCAAGUCUUACUGCGACAUGGAAACUGACGGGGGAGGUUGGACUCUAGUUUGGAGUUACACGUUCACGAAUUACUCUAGAUUCACAAGUAAAUCAAACGCGAUUACUCCAAGACCAAGCUGGUCUGUCAAAUCAAAUGUCGACGUACCCAUCUCAACGACGCCUCCAUUAAAUGAAACAGACUUCAAUGCUGUCAACUUUUCGGAGUGGAAACAACUCGGCAGCCGAGUCCUUAUCAAGAGCAAUAUAAACAACUGGCUUGUGUGUGAGCCUGGAACCGGAAGUUUUGUAAAUUGGAAAGACGGAAGUAUGAGCUGCCAGAUUGUUAAACGCGUGACUGACACGUGCAACAUGACGUUGGCUCCUAGUAAAUUUGCUUCCAGUAAAGGCUAUGGACCAAUGUUUUACAGCACUGGUUACUGGAACAGCACCUACUACUACUUUGAUGGCUUCACAAGGAAUAACUGGCCUACCCAUGAUCCUUGUGGAAAGAACAGAGCAAAGCACCUGAAAAAUGUAGGAGACCCACACGGAAAUAUCUAUAUUCGUUAG